AUGAGAGGCGAGAGGAGGCCGCUCUGCGCGCUGCUGCUGGUUCUGCUCUGCCUGGCCGCGCAGGUGCAGGGCGCGUGCUGCCUUGCCGGAGGGGGCGGCGGAGGAGGCUCGCGCGGAGGGGGCGGUGGAGGUUUCGGAGGAGGAGGCUCGCGCGGAGGGGGCGGUGGAGGCUUCGGAGGAGGAGGCUCGCGCGGAGGUGGCGGUGGAGGCUUCGGAGGAGGAGGCUCGCGCCAGGCGGGGUGCCACCACCACCACCAUGACGACCACUCGCACAGGCACUGCGGCGCGGCAGCUGAGCCGCGUGGCCGCGGCGUCUCGAGGGUCUCCGGUGCGGCCGCCGCCCUUGCCGCCGCAGCGCUCGUCUGGUGGCGCUGA